AUGUCCCACCCAUCCUCAACGCAGCCUCUACGAAUAGGGAUCAUCGGCGCCGGCAUCUCAGGGCUAACAAACUAUAUUGCUCUGAGUGAACUUGAUAAUGUUCAAAUCAAUAUAUAUGAACAAGCCCAGGAGUUGAAGGAGAUUGGUGCCUCUAUCGGACUUGGUCCGAACGGGUUGCGGGGCCUUCAAAGGCUCGGCGUUCACGCUGCAUUGAAUGACAGUGUUGGUAUCCGAAACCACUCGACGUGGCCCAUGAUAUACAGACACUGGAAGACCAACGCAGUUUUGGGCUAUGAUACACACCAGGAUGUUCCCAACCGGCUACAUCACACCGCACGCUUCCACCGGGCACAUCUUCAAAAGGUUCUUUUGGACGCUGUCCCCAAAACUGUUCUCCACCUAAAGAAGCGAAGUGUUGGUUUAGAACCAAACCAUAACAGUGUUACUAUAAAUUUUGAAGACGGCAGUUCUGUCACACAGGACUUGGUCAUUGUUUCGGAUGGCAUUCAUUCGGCCAUCCGCCAACAACUGUUGCCGGAUCACAAGAAUUUCUUAACAGGGUGGACUUCAUUUCGUGCUGUUUACGACGUGUCUUUACUGGAAAGAUUCCGGGACAGUCAAGAAGUGGAGAUACCCACAGAAGCUCUCCAUUACGAUUGGACCCCUACUGUAAGGGCACUGAUCGAGACUGCUCCAUCAGUUCGGUCUUAUCCCGGCCAUUCUGGAAGCAUAGCGCGGCAAUGGGUCUUCAACAGUCGAAUUGUUCUGACCGGUGAUGCAGCGCAUCCAAUAGGCCAUGCCGGUUUCGGAGCUGGUAUGGCCAUUGAUGAUGCACUGGCCCUAUAUAUGACGCUUGAGAGAAUUCAACUAGGUUCCGAAACUAAAGGUACUGACUUGGAGAACGCCUUGAAUCUGUUUCAGAGGGUGCGAAAGCCACACGCCGACCGUUUGGGCGUUUUCUUGGCCCGAACGGGCAAAGCAAAGUCUAUCUAUGGGAAGCAUCUUUCUGAGGAACAGAUUCUGGAGUGGGUGAACGGUCGUGAGGACACGGCUUGGAUUCAUGAGCACGAUGUCAAUGCCGCCUUUGGGCUGGUGAAUAAUGUGCCGCAGUAA